UCCCCUCGCCUGGCGCCUGGCCUAGAGAGCUGAGAAACAUGACUGGAAGGGACGGGCUUUCGGAUGGGCGCUCUAAGAGUAGAGCCCUGGCGCCGGGCUGUCCUCCCACCGGCUCUCGCCUUCGAAGCUUCGCCAUCAACGACUUGCUGGGUUUGGAAGCGGACUUGCCUACUCCGGCGGGACCCGAGUUGGGAUCCAGCUGUGAAACUGCAGCGGAGCCCGCGGGGUCCGGGCCAGGACUCUGCGGUUCUUGCCCUGCCCGUGGGGCUCUCCCGCUGGGGCUGGGUCUCUUCUGUGGCUUCGGGGCGCAAUCCCCCUCCGCGGCUGCUGCUCGUGCGCGCUGCUUGCUCCUCGCCGAUCUGAGGCUUCUCCCACCCGCGGGUCCCGAGCCUGCCGUCGCCCAGAGCUCCGUCCGCCCGUCGCCUGCGCUUGGCCGCCAGCAGCGUAGCGAGAGUGUCUCCACGUCGGAUGGGGACAGUCCGUCUGAAGAAAAGAGUGAUCUGAAGAUGUCCCCUGCCCAGGGCAAGAGGAAGAAGCGGAGGCACAGGACAGUUUUCACUGCCCAUCAACUUGAAGAACUGGAGAAAGCAUUUGGUGAGGCUCACUACCCUGAUGUGUAUGCCCGGGAAAUGCUGGCUGUGAAAACAGAGCUCCCUGAGGACCGAAUACAGGUCUGGUUCCAGAACCGGAGGGCCAAGUGGCGCAAGCGAGAGAAGCGCUGGGGCGGCAGCAGCGUGAUGGCUGAGUACGGGCUCUACGGGGCCAUGGUGCGCCAUUGCAUCCCGCUGCCAGAUUCCGUGCUCAACUCUGCGGAUAGCCUGCAGGGCUCCUGUGCGCCCUGGCUUCUGGGGAUGCAUAAAAAGUCGACAGGGAUGAAGAAACCAGAAAGUGAAGACAAGUUGGCAGGACUCUGGGGCUUUGAUCACCUCAAGGAAGGCACUAAUAAGGGCCAGGAUGGACUUGAAGGGGGCCCAGGCAACACAAGCCUGAACCCUGAGGACAGCUUGGAAGAUGUUGCCAUUGACCUGUCCAGCUCUUCCAGACAGGAGACAAAGAAAAUGUCCCCAGGGUCCAGUGCUCUGGGAUGUCACCAUGACCCAGGGUAGCAGGUGCUCCAGCCCCCAAAGGUGGGAGCCUCAUGAGACCAACAGAGUGCUCCCCCUCCUCCCCAAACUGGAUAUAUGCAUAGUUCUCACCAGCAAUUUUUAGGAGACAAAACUGGUCCAAGACAAACACCUUCAGUUUGAUUUUCUUCCUGAAACACCUGGAUGAAAGGCAGCAUUGUGUUGGAUAAAUGAUAAUCUAGGGAAUGGUCCAUUGAAUUCUAGAAUGGAGGACACUUUUUAUAACCUUGAACCAGUCAAUUUGGUCUAAAAUUUUGUUUCUCCGUUGUAGAAUUUGAGCAGGAAAGAUUUGAAAUUCAAAGGUAGUUUUAGGGAUGGAGUAAGACUUAGCUCAGUUGACAGUACACACACAGGCCUGAGGCCAAUCCCCAGUGCCACAUAAACCAGAUGUGGGUGGCGCAUACCUGUAAACCCAGCACUCAGGAGGUGGACACAAGAAAUCAGAUGUUUAAGAGCGUCUCGGUUUGAGGUCCACCUGGACUCUGUAAGACCCUAUUGAGAGAGAGAGAGAUAGAGAUAGAGAUAGAAAGAGAGAAAGACUAUACUAUUACCACCUACAUUAUUUGAGAUAUUGUUCAAUCAUUAAGAGCACUGGUCUUACCUCUUCACUCUAAGUUAGAAUAUUUGGAUUUGGUUUGGUUUUGUUGAAACAGGCAGGGUCUUGCUCUGCAGCCCAGGCUAGCUUCAAUUUUAUGAUUUACUGCCUCAACCUCUCCAGUGCUGGGAUUACAAGUGUGAAUACAAUUGUUUUACAAACCAGAAGUUUCUAAACAGAUAGUGAAUGAAUGAAUGAAUGAAUGAAUGCUGUAUCACUUUUCCUGGAACCGGCUCUUAGACAUUCUUGUUCUCACAGUAAUUUUGUGUUCUGAGUGUCACGUGAUAGGCCUUGGAUAUUUGAUGCAUAAACAACAAAGAAAACCAUACCCCUCCCUUCCUCUGAGAUCAUCUGGAGCCAUGUUUAGGUAACUGUUAAAUAUCUGAGGACUGUCUGAAGGUCAGACCUGAUUUCUUGGUCCUUUUGAAUUUAUGUUUGGAAGCACUUUAGUGAGUUGAAUUUAUG